AGAUGCCACCGAUCGGUCAUUCGUGCGCUCGCUGUCAGCGCCUUUUCAAGACAUCGCCUGUGCCCGCGCCGCGUGCUGCGCGCCACGCACCGAGAUCCACGCUUUACAAACGGCUCUUCACAAACGUGUUUUGCGGCAGGUUUCUCAACUCCGGUGCGCCAACAUGCGCUCCGGCAAACGCGGAUCACCAAACAGAAACUUUGCGAGCGCCCGGUGCCAAGGCGCACGGGAAGCGGCGCGCCGCGUGUAGCGCGAGCGCCGCCGUGAAGGAGGUUGACCGCGUGAAGUUGUGUGUGUGAGGGGAAGGCGAUCGGUUAGGCGAGGCGGCCGACUCCGUGGGCAUGGACAAUGGAUACUUUAAGCCUGUCAGUCAACGCCGUGUCCCACACCGUGGCAGCCGAACUGCCCGCCACCAGUGAUCCGUUCAAUGGACCCAUCAAGAACAUCGCGCCGUGGAACUUCACCAUCCUGGCCGUGCUCAUGUUUGUGGUCACCUCGUUGUCCCUGAGCGAAAACUUCCUCGUCAUGUUUGUCACCUUCAAGUACAAACAACUCAGACAGCCCCUGAACUAUAUCAUAGUUAAUUUGGCCAUCGCAGACUUCCUGGUCUCUCUCACCGGUGGAGUAAUAAGUUUCCUGACAAACGCUCGGGGUUAUUUCUUCCUUGGGAAGGGCGCUUGCGUUUUGGAGGGGUUUGCUGUUACUUUUUUCGGGAUCGUGGCCCUGUGGUCUCUCGCCGUCCUGUCGUUCGAGCGUUUCUUCGUGAUCUGCCGGCCUCUGGGGAACAUCCGACUGCAACCGAAACAUGCCAUCCUGGGUCUGCUGUUCGUCUGGACCUUCUCCUUCAUCUGGACCUUCCCGCCAGUGCUGGGCUGGAACAGAUACACCAUAAGCAAGAUCGGAACCACCUGUGAGCCCGACUGGUAUUCAACAAACAUGAUCGACCACAGCUACAUCAUCACUUUCUUCGCCACCUGCUUCAUUCUGCCUCUCGGAGUGAUAUUCUUCUGCUAUGGAAAGCUGCUGCGGAAGCUCAGGAAGGUGUCACACGGUCGACUGGCCACUGCCAAGAAGCCAGAGAGGCAGGUGACCCGGAUGGUGGUGGUGAUGAUCGUGGCAUUCAUGGUGGGCUGGACGCCGUACGCAGUCUUCUCCCUGUUGGUCACAUCCCACCCGUCCAUCAAACUUGACCCCAGGCUGGCUUCCAUCCCCGCCUUCUUUUCGAAGACAGCUGCUGUCUACAACCCGAUAAUCUACGUCUUCAUGAACAAGCAGUUCAGGAAGUGCCUAAUCCAGCUCUUCAGUGGCAGAGGAACCAUCCCAGAUGGCCACCUGGACCCGACCUCAGAGCGACCUGGAAUGAGUCAAACGGGAGAAAUGUCAGCUAUUGCGACGCGCAUCCCCAUGAGCAGCACCGUGUCGCCCAGGUCUGACGAUUCUCCAACCGACUGUGUCUCGUUUGCCCAGCUGCCCAUCCCAGAGAACAAAGUGUGUCCAAUGUGAGGGGGAAAACGCAUCCCGAUAGCUUUUCCUCUAACAACCCCCCCCCCCAGAGUCCACGUUAGCCAGCUGCACAGCCAUACAUAUACAUUUCCUGGGGAGCCGUGACACCGUGGUGUUGAGAACAGUCAGCUUUUGAAAGGUGUAACUGUUUAAUUCAUUUAUUACAGACACAAAAUAUCAAACUCUAGAAAAAAGUUUUUUGUUAACCAGCAUGAUGGUUUGUUGAAUGUUAGAAAAAAGCACAACAGAGGGUGUAAAAAGGAAAAGCUAGAAACAGGAAUACUCAGAACUGUCUGUUGAGUCGUUGGAGACUCGGAUGUCAUCGCACACCUCACAUUAGAGGACACUUGAUUCAACUUGAUUCGCGUCUCCCUUCAAAAAAAGUGACAGAAGUCGGCUGAAAAAAAGCCAAACCCUGACAUCAGUUAGCUGAAGGCUAGCCAGUCUUUCAAAUACCAAAAUGCAUCCAGCCCUUCAUCCCGCCCCGGCCCUCUCCUUUGAAGCCCCGUGACGGGCUCUGCAGAGAAAGCGUUGUUUUUCUUUGCAGUUUCAGUGCUUGGCUUUUGCGGCGCAUCUUCAUUCAUCUCCGCUCGUCAAGAGGAUGCAGCGGACUUCUACAUUGGGACACUCUUACUUUAGUUUAGAGUUGGGGACAGAGCUUACAUCUCAUAGUGUAGGUCAAUGGGACUUGGAGAUGCCGGUCUCCUGUUGCCUCAGCUGCAGAUGGAGCACGACAACAUAUUUAUGAAGUAUGCCAGCAGGGGAUCAACAAGCACACACACACACACACACGCACAGCUGUAAGCGACAUACAGACACACACACACACACACACACACAGAUUGCAGUUCACUGCCUGUAUUGCAAUACGCUGUGCAAAGGCGCUGGGAUGAUACGAUGCACCAAUAAAUAUGCGAGCACAAAAGCGGCUUAGCCAAGCAGCCAUGUACGAAGGCGAUGAAUAUUGUCAUCAUAAGCACAGGUCUACAGCAAUAUUAAAGCUAACUGCUGUCACAAAGUCGGACAGUAGAUGUAGUGCGUCAAAAUGUCUUCUUGUGUUUGUGGUGCAUGUUUAUCACUAUUACUGGAUAUAUGUCAAAACACCGUUGUACUCUCUUCUAUGCUGCAGUGAUUCACCAUGUUAAAAAUGUCAAAAAUGUACUGAGUGUGUUUUACAAUCACGCGUGGCCCUGAACCGACGUCACUCCCAACCUGUUAAACAUGGCGGCUCAGUCAUUGGCCUCGUGCCGCAAACUACGGUGCCCUGCGUGGCCGUGGUUUUGGUGGAAGAGAAGGAUAAAGUUACAUAUACGUACGUCUGUAGUGUAAAGAGGGAAAAUUCUACCAGCAGCCGGGUGAAACCAAAAGGCAACAGUGACUUAGCAACACCGUUGCAUACAUAACGAAGCCCACCUAAAAGGCCACUAACGUCCUGAACGUAACGCAGCGUACUUAAAUACAGAACAGGGGUCGUAGCCAGAACAUGACCCAUCUGUGAAAGUGAUUUACGGCAGGAGCACCGACAAUGCCGCAGUUUUAAGCGCGGAGCCACUGACCAAACUGCUGUGAUUGACAUGUUGUGAGUGACAGCCUGGUAGGAGCAAAAAUGUUGUAUAUGUGCCAAAUCAACUGUUAUGCCUUGAUAUAAUUACCAUAAGAUGACACCAUUAUGACCACUGGCAGGACGGCUCAUAUCGCACUCGUUUUUUUUCCAAUUAAGAACAGCUUUUUCAUGAAACUUGUUUAGUUUUCACACUGGAGCUAAAAGCGGGAUUAAUCCACACGUUUUUGUUGGGGAUUGAAGGGGCGGCGCUGUGGUGGUUUGUCUGUGUUCUGCCCGCGUCCGCGUGGGUUUUCUCCCACGGCCCAGAGACGAGCUCUGGGGAUUACGUUGAUUGGAAACUGUGAAUUUCCCAUUGGUGUGUGGAUGGUUGUUUGUCUCUGUGUCCGCCCUGAGAGCUGUUGUGGCGUAUAGUCUCAGUAUCACUGCUCAUCACGUAUGUGUGGUUCAGGAUCCCUGCUGUCUAUUUCAGCAGCAGCAUCAAAUGGUAGAUUCCCACCACCAAUGAUAUUUGGACCCAAGUUAAUAAGUCUGGCAGAAACACAAUUUGAAACAAAAUCCAAUUUGCCGAAAUUAAAUAUUUGUUAUUUAGGCAAAAUAAGCUUCAUCUGCCAUAACCAGUCAAAUCCUAUUUUAUGGCUAAAGUAACCCAAAUUCAUAGCAAACAAAAUUAUAUAAAAUGUGUUUUGUUGCUGGUUAUAUACUUGCGAUUUUCUCACGAUUUUAAUGGUGACGAUACCAAUGUUUCAACUUGAAAUACUUUAUAGACGCUUUUCACAGCAGUUAUUUGGCCCUCGCAGGGAAACCAGGGCUAUAAUUAAAAUGUUCCAUUUAGGUGGGCGAGGACGCUGGUAUUGUGCCCGCUGACUCACUGGAGUGACACCAAAGAGAAUUGAACUGUGAUUCAUUUGAUCUUUUACACCUGUGUUGAAUGCGAGGAAGUGGAAAUUACUGCUGUAAAAAGGGCCCCGUCCCCGGGUUGUCACGAUUUGGUGUUUGCAAAAGUAAAAGAAAAGAACACUAGUGUUAUUGCGCCAAAUUGCUAAAUUUCAGUAAUGUUGGGCCCAUAUUGUUCGUCAAUGUUUUCCCUCUGUAAUAAUAUUAUCUGAAUUGUUUUAGGGAGACAGGAAAAGGUGAAAUGUAAGAGUGAAAAUGAUGUAUACUUCUAAGGUUUUGCACGUCUGCAGUAAGGUCAAAUAAGUGUCUUGUCAUAAAUGUCAAACCUUACUUUUUGCAGGGAUGGCUGUUCUGUUAAAGCAUAUCAAUGCGUGGACAUGUGCUCGGGUAAACUGGCUCAUGUUUGCAGAUCUCCCACUGAGCCGAGAGCUUCAUACGGAAAAAAUACACGCGGCAUCGCGAAGCCAGCUGAGAAAAAGAUGGGAACGCUCUGAGCUUUGUAGUCAUACAUUCACUUUAUAGUCAUACAUUGGUUCAACAAAUAAAACUAAAUCUAACAGUGUAAUCCAGCAACAAAAGAUGUUUUGCAUGUGUGUGACCACAGUGCUGACACGCAACCAUUAACAUCACUACUGGUCAGCGACUCAUACUAUCUAUACACAUGGACUUCAGCAGCACCUAUCCAAACUACUUACACACACACACACACACACACACACAGUCCUGUUUACAGGCCAGGAUACAGUCGCAUUUAGAAAGUAGUGACUUUCCCUUGAACAUCAGACAGGAUAUAAAUCAAACAGACCUGCUAGUGCCAGAUUUUGGUGUGCAGUGCAUGCUGAUACCCGUAUAGACGGGCUGAAGCUCCUACUUCUCACCUCCCAACCCUGAAUAUCAAGCCAUGCCACUUGCUUGUUGUGUUGUGCUUACGAUGGCAUGCGGAGGAUUGUUGUGUUGUAUGUUUUUGUGCAGUGAGUGCUUUGUCUUGAUUUACAUGGGUUUAAAGGUCAUAGAUGCACGCUGGUACCGUAAACGUCUUCAUUAAAGUCUAUUUUAUUUUGAAAAUCA